CUCCUUAAAUUAACAAGCCCUUUCGAUUUACUAUAAUAAUAUUUUUGUUUCCAUUUGCAUUCCUAAUUUAAGGUAAAGUGUUAUUGUAUGUUUUAAAAACAAGUGGUUGUUAAUUGCCAAAUUGUAAACUGAAUAGCAACAAGAAUUAUGAAUUCGAUAUUGAACUUGAAAGAAACUUUAUCACAAAUCUAAAUCAAAAGUUUGUGAAAAAGUUUAUUAGAUUUGGAUCAAUGUUUAGAAAUAUGAGAUAAGUUACAUUAAAAUGAACGACAUUGAAACAAUUAGCUCGAAAACAAAAACUGCGAAUGUUUACCCCCCCUACCUACCUUCCUAUGUAUUUUUCAAUUAAAUUUCAUAUUAUAAUUAGUUUGCCUUCAUUAACAAGACCAGUAUAAAGAAGAUUAUUAUAUUGACGUAAAUUGACAAUUCAAAUACAUUUUUAUUAUAUUUUGAAAUGUUUUAAUAAAAAUUAACAAGCCCUUUCGAUUUACUAUAAUAAUAUUUUUGUUUCCAUUUGCAUUACUAAUUUAAGAGAAAGUGUUAUUAUAUGUUUUAAAAACAAGUGGUUGUUUACUGCCAACUCAUAAACUGAAUAGCAACAUGAAUUAUGAAUUCGAUAUUGAACUUAAAAGAAACGUUAUUACGAAUCUAAAUGAAGAGUUUGGAAAAAGUUUAUUAGAUUUGGAUAAGUGUUUAGAAAUACGUGAUAAGUUACUUGAAGAAAGAGAAGAGGUCGAAAAACAGCUAGAUAUUUCAAACGCAGAUUCAUUAAUCGGAGUAAGCCUAAAAGACGGGGAAACUUUUAUACAAAAUGCUACUGAUGUUAUUAAUAGGUCAAAAGAAGUAAUAUCUCAAAUAGAACUAGAUUUAAAUGAAAUUCAAGGGGUUAGAAGUGAUGUGACAACUUUUUUUCAUAAACUAAAUACAUUGCAAUCUACUUUACAGUAUAUGAAAGUUAUUUUACAUAUUGAUUCAAUCAGUCAGGAGUUACAGAAAGAAGUACAUAAAGAUGAUGAAAAAUGUGUCACACUAUUUGCGAAUUUAACAGAAGUUAGUAGGAAUUUGGAAAAUUUUUGUGGCAACAAUUUGAGGAAUUAUUUGAAAGAUACGAUAUAUUUUUGGCAUAAUAUAUUGAAAGAAAAAUUUUCAAAAGAUUUUGAUGAGAUACUGAAGCUAAUUAAGUGGCCUUUUGUCAGUGCAAACUUUAGUUUUGUUGUACCUUUACAAAGUCACAUUCAUAAACUACAAAUAGUAUCAGAAUAUUUACUUCAAAUUGAAAUACCAAGUGAAAGUAGUGAACCUGUAGUGACAACUGCUCUGUUGUCAUAUUUUCUACCGUUAUGUUUACCAAUACAUUUGUUGAUACAGCCCUUAAAGAAAAGGUUUAUUUACCAUUUCUACGGAGCUAGACAAACCAAUAGAGUAGAUAAACCUGAAUGGUAUUUAACACAGAUUCUUACAUGGAUUCGAGACCACAAAGAUUUUGUAGAAAAAAAUAUCCAACCAGUUGUGGAUCGACUUGGUUUAUUACACAUUGAUGUUAGGAUAGAAUUCAUCAGGGGUCUAGUACAAAUAGCAGUCGAGAAAUUAUAUUCUGAUUUACCUAAUUUGCAGUUUGAUGAUUUUACAUUUUCUCAUUCAGUAGAUGAGGCUUUGGGUUUCGAUAAAGAAUUGCGUGAAACUUACGAUUAUCCUGCAAAUCAACCUAGUAUUCUAGUGGUUUUAACCCAAGCCCAAGUAAUUGAUAAAUGGCUGGCAAUGGAGAAAAAAUACGCUACUGAAAAAAUGGAUGCAAUGCUUCCUCCAAACGCUCCAGAUGCUUUUGACCCUUUAACCUCAGACGUAGAAGAUUUGAAAAUAACCACUUGCGCAGAUGCAUUUAUCACAUUAUUACAGACCAUCACGGAAAGAUAUGAGGUACUAUCUCAACCAGGACACAGAUUACAAUUUUUGGAUUUACAAUUAGAAUUAUUAGAUGAUUUUAGAGUUAGAUUAUUACAAUUGGUCAACGCAGAAAAAGGUGAUAUAAUAGAAUCAAAAAUACCUUCAAUAGUUAACAGUAUUUAUUACAUUGAAAACGUUUUAAUCGAUUGGGGAGCUAUGUUACAUUAUUUGAGUCUGUAUUAUUAUAAAAAUCAAUUUGAAACUGUUAACCAACCAACGAGCCCGAUAUUAUCAGAUUUCGAUGAUACUCCAAUCUGUGAUACCGAAACUGAUACAGUUUUCGCAGAAACGUUGUCUUUAUACAUCCAUAUGAGGAAAGACAAUUUGAAUAAUCUUUCCGAAAGUGUUAUAACGGAAGUAAAAUUUGCUAGCAGAGAUUAUAGAAGAGAAAGUUGGUCGAGAAUGAAAGUAGAAAAGGAAUUCCGUAGUCUCUCCUUAACGCAAACGGCUUGUCCAAUGUUUGAAAUUUUAUCGAAACGAUUACACCAGCUUCAAAAAAGUUUGCAGAGUAAAUUAUUUACGUUCGUUUGGCGUUCAAUAGCAGAACAAUUGGAUACAUAUUUGUUCGAAUAUUUGGUAUUGGAUAAUCGAUUCAGCGCAGGUGGGGCGCUUCAAUUCAAAUUCGAUGUUACUAGAAAUUUGAUUCCUUUGUUUUUACAAUUCAGUGAAAGGCCGCAGAAUUAUUUUACACAAGUUAUGGAGUCGUGUAAUUUACUAAAUUUAAAAAAAGGUAGUGCCUUGUUACUUCGAGAAACUUUACUCGCUUUAGAAGGAGCUACAGGAGUUGAAGAUACCAGAAAUAAAAUGUUAAAAGACGUUGGGGUUAAUUAUUUCGAACCUAAUAUAGCCGUUAAAGUUUUGAAUCAGAGAGAUGAUAUUACAAACAGGCUUGAUAUCGAUUAAUAAUAAUAUAUUUGAAAAUCAAUUAAAAACCUAAUAAUAUAUUGUAAACACCAACUUCUAGGGGUUAAUACGACCCUUAAGUAGAAUGUUAAAUGCAUAAUUCAAAGUUUUAAGUUUGUUUUUACUAAGUUUGUUUAAAAUCUCUUAAAACAAUCUUCGUUUUGAAAUUUAAAUUGAAUUUUGAUUAUUUUUUAAUGAGAUAAUUGCUUCUGCAAACAUAUUUAAUUGUUUUUAUAUUCAUCAUUUGCAUUUUUAAUCCAUAAUUUGGUAUUUUUAACAAAUUAAUAUCGAUCUAGCUACUACAUAAAGUAAUUUUGAUUAUUUUUGUAAAUAUCAAACUGCAAACCAAAUUUUAUUGAAAUUAUUUUAAUUGUUUCUCUCUGUAUUGUUUUUUUUUUGUUAAAAUAUGAGAUAGUUGUUGAAUUUUAUUGCUUGUUACUUGUUUAUCUCAAAUUAUUUGUUUCAACAAUAAUAUAUAGUCAGAAACUAG